UAAACGGAAUACAAACAGAGCCCUCUCUCUCUCUCUCUCUGGAACGUGAUGUGAUGAGCAUCGCUUGUUAGGGUUUUCUUUUGAUUCUGAAUCGGAUCUGAUUGUAUAUUUGGGGGAAAAAAAAUUCAAAAAAAUCGCAGAUCUCUCUCUUAUCCAAUCGAUUGCGUGUUCAAUCUGAUUUUGUAAACGAGUUUGCUCUCUCGCGUUUCAUGUUUUGCGGUUGAGUCAUAGUUGGUUAUAAGAGAUCUAUCAAGUUGGCUCCUCAAAGAAGAUCGCAGCGCGGCCAGAUGAAGCAGCACACCAAUGCUGCGGCUGCUCUAUACGAUUCGGGACCCGCUAAUGACGCUGGAGAUGCUGUAAUGGCAAGGUGGCUCCAAUCCGCUGGGUUACAGCAUCUGGCCUCUCCCACUGGAGGCAAUGAUCAGCGUCAUCUUCCUAACCUUCUCAUGCAGGGUUAUGGAGCGCAGACUGCUGAGGAGAAUCAAAGGCUGUUCAAACUAAUGCGAAAUCUGAAUCUUAAUGGGGAGUCUUCUGAAUCAUAUACACCAACUGCAGCUAUGCCUUCUUCCGAAGGAUUCUUUUCACCCGAGUUCAGAGGUGAUUUUGGAGCUGGUUUAAUGGAUCUUCAUGCUAUGGAUGACACAGAGCUGUUAUCUGAGCAUGUGAUUACUGAACCCUUUGAGCCGUCACCCUUCAUGCCUAGCUUGGAUAAAGAAUUUGACGAAGAUUUUAGUUUGCCAACUAAUCUUCAACAACAGCAACAAACAGAUGCUGAAACUUUUGGCCCAUUGCCUAAGAGUGAAAAAGAGAAUAACAGUGUAGCCAAGAUUAAAGUAGUGGUAAGGAAAAGACCUCUUAAUAAGAAAGAAACAGCUAAAAAGGAGGAGGAUGUCGUGACGGUAUCUGAUAAUUCUUUGACUGUCCAUGAGCCCAAGCUGAAGGUGGAUUUGACUGCUUAUGUGGAAAAUCAUGACUUCUGCUUUGAUGCUGUUUUAGAUGAGGAUGUUUCAAAUGACGAGGUGUAUCGGGCCACAAUUGAGCCGAUAAUUCCCAUUAUUUUCCAGAGAACUAAAGCUACAUGUUUUGCAUAUGGUCAAACAGGUAGCGGUAAGACAUACACAAUGAAACCACUACCCAUACGAGCUGUUGAAGAUCUAAUGAUGUUGUUGCGUCAACCAGUAUAUAGAAACCAGAAGUUUAAAUUGUGGCUCAGCUAUUUUGAGAUAUAUGGUGGAAAGCUGUUCGAUCUUCUCAGUGAGAGAAAGAAGCUUUUGAUGCGAGAAGAUGGUAGACAACAAGUUUGCAUCGUUGGGCUGCAAGAGUUUGAAGUUUCAGAUGUUCAAAUUGUAAAGGAACUCAUCGAGAAAGGAAAUGCUGAAAGGAGCACAGGGUCAACUGGAGCAAAUGAGGAAUCUUCUAGAUCACAUGCUAUCUUACAGCUUGUUGUAAAGAAGCACGUUGAGGUAAAAGAAACCAGACGUAAAGUUAAUGAUGCCAAAGAAUUGCCUGGGAAAGUUGUUGGGAAGAUUUCUUUCAUUGAUCUUGCUGGCAGUGAAAGAGGUGCAGACACCACAGACAAUGACCGCCAGACAAGGUUUGAAGGCGCAGAAAUCAAUAAGAGUCUCUUGGCUCUUAAGGAAUGUAUACGUGCACUGGACAAUGACCAGCUACAUAUACCAUUCCGUGGAAGCAAACUAACUGAAGUGCUCCGUGACUCAUUUGUUGGAAACUCAAGGACGGUGAUGAUCUCUUGCAUCUCCCCGAGUGUAGGAUCGUGUGAACAUACCCUCAAUACACUAAGAUAUGCUGAUCGGGUCAAAAGUCUAUCUAAAAGUGGAAAUAGCAAGAAAGAUCUAUCUGCAAACUCAAUGCCUCCUGUUAAUAAGAAUUCUUUGAUGGGCUCAAAUGAUGUAGAAGAUGUCUUUGCGCCACCACAGGUAGUGAGUGUUCAGGAAACAGGGAGGAGGGUCGAGAAGGAUAACUACACUGCUUCAGGUAUUGACUUUAGACAGCCUACAAAUAAUCGAGAGGAAAGUGGAAUCCCAUCAAUCUCAAUGGACAAGAGUAGAUCGGCGACGAACAAUUCUUUUGGUGGCUCCAAUAGUCAGAGGAACCACUUAUCUUCAUAUCCUCAAGAAACUUCAGACCGUGAAGAGAAAGCCAAGAAAGUGUCUCCACCUCGUGAGAAAGGGCUGCGCGAAGAAAAACCAGAUAGACCACAAAACUUGUCUUCAUAUGCCAAAGAAACUUCUUCAGACCGUGAAGAGAAAGCCAAGAAAGUGUCACCACCUCGUGGGAAAGGGCUGCGGGAAGAAAAACCAGACAGACCACAAAACUUGUCUUCAUAUCCCCAAGAAACUUCAGACCGUGAAGAGAAAGUGAAGAAAGUGUCUCCAACUCGUGGGAAAGGGUUGCGGGAAGAAAAAUCAGACAGACCACAAAACUUGUCUGAAAGAGACGUCAGGUCGUCAGAUAUCCCUACCUUUACAAACUUUAGGCAGAACACAGGUGAAACUGUUUCAAGACAAUAUGAAACCGACACUUCGCUUGAUGAAAACAUUGAUGCACUGCUUGAGGAAGAGGAAGCGCUGAUUACAGCACAUAGAAAAGAAAUUGAGGAUACAAUGGAGAUUGUUCGCGAGGAAAUGAAGCUUCUAGCGGAGGUGGACAAACCAGGAAGCAUGGUAGAAAACUAUGUAACGCAACUGAGCUUUGUCUUGUCGAGGAAAGCAGCGGGGCUUGUGAGUCUCCAAGCCAGGCUUGCUCGGUUCCAACACCGUCUCAAGGAGCAAGAAAUACUUAACCGUAAGAGAGUUCCUCCUCGGUAGUUGGUACAUGAAAUUAAACCCAAAAACGAUUGUGUGUGAUGUUGUCAAGUGUGAAAGUUGCUUGGGAUGAAGAAAAGAAAAAAAUGUCCAUUGUGUUUGUGAAUUUGGUAAUAUAUAUAUAUUUCAUUUUCUUCUUAUCAUAAAGUUAAUACAAUUUGUGUUUACUGUACAAUGAAAUGUGAAUCAAAACUCUACUUCCCCCAAUCAACUGCAAAAGAAGAAUAUAGACUAUAUA